AUGGCCGACCCCAGCACGUCACUGCUAUCGACCGAAAAUGAAGCUGAUGAGUCUAUCACAGCUCGCGGAGAAAAGGCGAGACAGUUGAGUACCAGGGCGUGUGAUGCGUGUCGUGCUCGGCGGAGGAAGACUCAGGCACCAGCAGUUAUUUCUCCAGAGUUACACGUCGAGAGCCCGACUCACUAUGAAGAAGAAGACACGCUCCAUACAGAAGUACCGACACCACUGGGCAAUUCUCAUUUGACUCUGACAUUUGGAUCAUCGCCAAAUGCGCCAUCACCAAGUCGUCCACCGAUUCACAGCCAUGUCGCGCACUUCAAUCCGUCUCAAAAUGUCGAGUUAUUCGAGCAUCAGUUCCAGACGGAUGAGAUCUGUCCUCGGAGUUUGUUCAUGACCAUCAUGACUGACUACAUCGACCAUCUAUACCCACUCGUUCCCGUUGUUCACCUUCCGAGGUUCCGCGCCGACUUGGGGACGAAUAAGGAUCUCACGGACCUCGACACUCUACUGCUACUCGUAUCAAUAGCCUCAUUGACCGUAGGCUUGCUGCCGUCAAAGUUUGACAGUUACCAUGCACUGGCAGCUCGAUUCGGUACUCGGACGGCUAUGAUCAGCCACUGCUCUCAAAUGUGCAUCCGUCUUCGGCCUGCAGAUUAUUGGGACCAUAUCAGCCAUCGGAAAUGGGCUACUGCAUAUUGCCUCUCGAUCGGGGCGUUCCAAGUUGGACAGAUCAACCAAAGCCGCAUGUUUGAAGCCGAGUCGAUGCAGCUUGCGAGACUACUGGGCAUGCAUCUUGUAUCCGAGUAUGAUGGACUUAAUCCCAUUGAGACUCAACUACGGAAAAAGUCAUUCUGGCUGCAGCUCUACACCUUUGCGCACUCCAAGAUACAACCUGGCAGAUGCAAUUACUUGACAUAUCUCGACAACUAUACCAUUCGAGAUGUUAAUUUUGCUGCAUUGGAGCCUCUCAACAUCGUCGACGAGAACAUAACCGAGACAGGAAUUGUCGGCCAGCUUCCAUCAACACCAUCCGUUGGGCUACCGAACAACGCCGACUCAGCAGACGAUGCGCCUUUUCACUCCACAACUGUCUUCAUCAUGGCAUCUCGCGCGUUCCUAUUGGGCAUGCGGGAGGCCAUGGUCAAUGACGGUUGCAACUGUGGGUUCGGUAGAUCGCCAGAGGAGCGCCUGUCCAAGCUGAAAGAUCUCCUUGAUCAACUCAGAUACAUCCUGGACGGGCUGCCAACGCACAUGCGCCAAUGGGGACCAGGUGACAACUACCAAGCUUUCGACAAUGGCGGAAGGCGUCAAGGUGCUUUUACUGAGGCAAAUAUCGAGCAUUUGCAGAAUGAGAGUACCAGAGCCAACUUACAUGUAAGUCAUUUAUGGCUACAGAACUUUCUGCUUGAUAAAAUGGAUGUCGCUUUGCAAGAGAUGAAGGACCGCGAGGGAGAUGAUGCGUACAUCACAACGCAACUGAAGCAAAACUGGAGAGACCGCGAAGAUGUAGCCCGGCAACUUCUCCACAUCCUCCACAGCAUCCCCCAUGCCUACCUAGAGCCUAACGGUCUAUAUCUCAUCUACAAAGUCCGCAGCGUUGCGAGUUCCCUGCUGAACUGCCCCUUCGAGAUGGACAGGCAGCUUUCCCGCCGGGUUUCGGAGUAUAUCCAGGAGUUCACAAAAGUGCUGUCGUACCUGGACCGGAGCGAGAUUGUCAACACAGACGGCUUGAGGAGCUGGAUAGACGAGGGCCAGCAUGUGAACCAUGCCACUUAG